AUGGCAAGCGAUGGUGGUAAAGACCCAAUUCAUCCUUCAAUUGAGGACUUACAAAAAGAGAAAACCGCGCUCGAGAAGCAAUUGGCUAAUGAGAGAAUUGCUCUCAAUGCGGCUACAGACGCCGAACGUGUAGGUGCAGAAAACGCACUUAAACAAACAAAACAAAAUCUGUUAGAUGUUGAAAAAGAAAUACGGGCGGCUCAAAACAAAGAAGAUCAAAAAAAUAAUACACAAUCGGUGAAUCUCUGCAUUUUUCUUCAUAAUUCUUUAAUUUCAAGUAAAAUAAUUGAAUUUUUUUGGUAUAAAAAUUCGGAAAAAGAAAAAGCUACUAUCGAAAAGCAAUUAACUGAACAGCAAAUUGCACACGACGCGACUACAGCUGCACGAAUGAGUGGUUUCGGUACAUCAACUAACUAUGAUACAAGUGCAAGUGCAUCCGGAAAACCUGGUCCAAGCGGUCAAAGCGGUUGCGUAAGUUCCGAUGCUCUUCAUAUAAAUCCGGACCAUGUAACAAGAUCAUCGAAUGUAUGUGAAUUAACAUUAUCAUCAAUUUCACCAAUCGUAUCAACAUCAUUAUUAACAACAUCGGUAGCUGAAUGUGCAGCAGCACCGUUACCGGAUCCUGCUCUGCAACAAGUACAGAACCAAAUACCAGGUGAUGUUAGUCAAUAUGGCGAACAAUUUCUCGAUUUUGAACCAUCCAAAUAA